AUGGAUUAUGAUCAUUUAAGAAAGAACACACCCACCGUAUUCGUUCCCGGUCCGGUGAUCGUCGGCGCCGGUCCUUCCGGUCUCGCCACCGCCGCCUGUCUAAAAGAAAGAGGAAUACCCAGCGUUGUUCUAGAGAGAUCCGAAUGCAUAGCUUCGUUAUGGCAACUAAAGUCAUACGAUAGGUUAUGUCUUCAUUUACCUAAACACUUUUGUGAAUUACCCUUAAUGUCCUUUCCGAAUGAUUUUCCUAUGUAUCCUUCGAAGGGUCAAUUUGUAAAUUAUCUUGUGGGUUAUGCGGAUCGGUUUGGGAUUAGGCCGGAGUUUGGUCAGUCGGUGGUGAAGGCGGAGUUUGAUCGGAGCGUUGGGUUUUGGCGGGUUAGGACUAGGGAGAAGGAGUAUGUUUGUAGGUGGUUGGUGGCGGCGACCGGAGAAAAUGGGGAGGCGGUGGUGCCGGUUAUUGAUGGGAUGGGGGAAUUUGGAGGGGAGAUUAUGCAUACUAGUUUGUAUAAGAAUGGAGAUUUGUUUAGAGAUAAAAAGGUUUUGGUUGUUGGAUGUGGGAAUUCGGGUAUGGAAGUUUGUUUGGAUCUUUGUAGUUAUAAUGCAAGACCUUCGCUUGUGGUUAGAAACAAGGUACAUGUCUUACCACGAAAGAUGUUGGGUACGUCCACUUUCGGGCUGUCUAUGUUACUACUAAAAUGGCUGCCCGUGCGCCUUGUGGACAGGCUCUUGCUAGUAGUUUCCAGGUUCAUUUUAGGGGACACUGCCCGAUUUGGACUCAACCGCCCUUCUGCGGGUCCCUUAGAACUAAAGAACUUGUCAGGAAAGACCCCAGUCUUGGAUGUAGGCACCCUUGCCAAGAUCAAAACUGGAGAAAUUAUGAUUUCUCCAGCCAUUCAACGAUUGAGUUCUCAUUGUGUGGAAUUUAUUGACGGUCGAAAGGAAAUUUUCGAUGCGAUUAUAUUGGCAACAGGCUACAAAAGCAACGUACCCUCUUGGCUAAAGGAAAAAGAGAUGUUUUCAAAAAAAGAUGGAUUGCCAAAAAAACCUUUCCCCAAUGGAUGGAAAGGCGAGAAUGGUUUAUACGCAGUAGGUUUUACAAAACGCGGAUUGCUUGGCGCUUCGAUGGAUGCAAAUAGGAUUGCCCAAGAUAUCGAGAGGUGUUGGAGAAUCGAAUCCAAACACCUCUCAUCUUUCACUAACUCCAUUUAAAUAUUCCAUUUUGACACUAAAGGCUGAGAAUGAAAGAAGAAUGAUGGCCAAGAAAGAACAUCAUUUCUUCUUUGUGGGGGACCUCAACUACUAUCUGUACAUACUGUAAUUAAAUUGCAUGUUUUCUCUCUGAUUUUUGCUAGAGAAAAAAAAGAGAGUGGAAGAAGCAAGUUGUUGCAGCUUGCUGGGGAUUGGCUUGAGAUUAAAACAUGAUUUAACAAAAGAAUAGUUACAUGGGUUUUGUUUAAUUAAUUUGUUUCCUCUUAGAUUAAUUUGUUAGAGGAGAUUUUAAAUUUGUAUGGCUCCUAUUGAAUAUGAAGAGGGGUUAUUAAUUAGCUUUUAGGGUUUGUAUGGAUCAAGGUGACUUUCAAGGAUAGUGAUGAUUGACAGAAAUGAAAUUUAAGAUUUGACAAUGAUACUUUAAUUUGCAUGCUACAUCUCUCUAUAUGAUU